AUGACUUGAACAUUCCACAACUUUUGGGAGGAGACUUCUAUAUAUAUAUCACUACCACUCAUCAGGAAGCAAGUUUCACACGCACGCAAGAGAACUUCAUGCAGAUCUCCAUCAUUUCUUCUGCUCACGAUCUGCUGGUUUAGUUUGGGGUUUGAGAUGUAGAGACAACAUUGGAAGGCGCACUUCCAUUUUCUAAUCAUGAACCAUGCAUUUUUCAAAAACAAAUGAGGGAGGGGAGGUGUGAAUGCAUCACACACCCGUUUAUCAAAAACAAAUGUUCCUCUGAGUCAUUCCACUUGUCGGACCCCCUCCUCCAUUUCUCUACGUUUCUCUGACCUCAAACACCGAAACCCCACUUCCCCAAGCUCAAACAAAAGACCCCUCCCCCAGACAACCCAUCAAAUCCUCCAUGGAAAACCGCACCUCGGACCUCCAAGCUGCACCAGUGGACACCACUUCUACGACAAUCACCAUCAAAGGCAUCCUCAGCUUGCUGCUGCAGAAUGUCGACGAAAACGACGGCAGACGCCUGAUUUCUUUGGGCAUGGGCGACCCGACUGCCUUCUCUUGCUUCCACACGACGCAUGUUUCGCAGGAAGCUGUAGUCGACGCCCUCCAGUCCGACAAGUUCAAUGGCUAUGCACCCACUGUUGGUCUUCCUCAAACCAGAAGAGCAAUUGCUGAGUAUCUGUCUCGUGAUCUUCCAUACAAGUUAACAUCUGAUGAUGUUUUUGUCACAUCUGGUUGCACACAAGCCAUUGAUGUCGCGUUGGCAAUGCUUGCUCGCCCCGGUGCCAAUAUCUUGCUUCCAAAGCCAUGCUUCCCUAUUUAUGAACUUUGUUCUUUUAGACAUCUUGAAAUUCGACAUUUCGAUCUCCUGCAAGAGAAUGCAUGGGAGGUUGACCUUGAUGCUGUUGAAGCUCUUGCAGAUCACAACACGGUUGCAAUGGUAAUUAUAAACCCCGGGAAUCCUUGUGGGAAUGUGUACAGUUACCAACAUCUGGAGAAGAUCGCAGAAACUGCAAAAAAGCUCCGAAUUCCUGUAAUUGCUGAUGAAGUUUAUGGGCAUCUUGCUUUUGGGGAUAAACCAUUUGUGCCAAUGGGAGUUUUUGGAUCAACUGUUCCGGUUCUUACUCUCGGGUCCCUGUCAAAGAGAUGGAUAGUUCCUGGAUGGCGACUUGGUUGGUUUGUGACGACUGAUCCAUGUGGCAUGUUUAGAAUACCCAAGGUUAUUGAGCGCAUCAAGAAGUAUUUUGACAUCUUGGGAGGGCCUGCAACUUUCAUUCAGGCAGCAGUUCCUCGCAUCCUUCAACAAACCGAAGAGGCUUUCUUCAAGAAAACUCUCUAUUUGCUGAAGCAGUCCUCAGACAUUUGCUGGGAUAGGAUAAAUGAGAUCCCUUGUCUUACCUGUCCGAGCAAACCAGAAGGAUCCAUGGCCGUAAUGGUGAAACUAGACCUUUCGCUACUGGAAGAUAUCAAUGAUGAUAUCGAGUUUUGUUUCAAGCUCGUCAAAGAGGAAAACGUUAUCUUUCUUCCAGGAACAGCAGUAGGGCUGACCAGUUGGAUACGCGUUACAUUUGCUGCUGAUCCAUCUUCCAUUGAAGAAGCUUUGAGGAGGACAAAGUCUUUCUACCAAAGGCAUGCCAGAAAAUUAUAGAUGUAUUACAUAUAUUUAUACACAAAUAGCAGCAACAGGAAAUAGCAAAAUUAUAUGUAAAUCAGCUAGAAAUCAUUGUUUGCUGAUGGUCUGGCAUUUGUAAUACGAAGAACGUAUCCCACAUGUAUGGAAUACUAAACUCUUAGGCCUUGUUUGGUAUUCCAUCUCGUAUCUCCAAGUUAGCAACAAAAUUUUCAUUUCUUCUUUCAA